AUGCGUUUGUCAUCGAUCAUCCCAUUCACUGAUUUAUCAUCCUCAAGGUCGAGACUCACCUCAUCAACUACAUAUCUACUUGCGCAUUCCCUGGUACCAGUCCGAUUUAUCAGAACUACUGCUCCUACUGGUCCAUAUCACCUUGCGACAUCACCGCGAUCAAGCCACCGGAACAUUUAUCCUCUCCAGCGCAUUCACUCUCCACCACCCCUUUCGUCAAGUUCACCAAGACUACUAUCAACCAUGUCUUCUGCGACUACCUUCUACGACUUUGAGCCUGUCGACAAAAAGGGCUCCCCUUUCCCCCUCACCGACCUCAAAGGCAAAGUCGUCCUUGUCGUCAACACCGCCUCCAAGUGCGGCUUCACGCCUCAGUUCCAAGGCCUGGAGAAGCUCUACCAGGACAUCAAAUCUAAGCACCCGGAAGACUUCACCAUCAUCGGAUUCCCCUGCAACCAGUUCGGAAGCCAGGACCCCGGAACCGACGACGAGAUUCAGUCGUUCUGCCAGAUCAACUACGGAGUGACAUUCCCUGUGCUGGGCAAGUUGGACGUGAAUGGCGACAAGGCCGCGCCGGUGUGGACAUGGAUGAAGGAGCAGCAGCCCGGUCUGUUGGGUCUGAAGCGCAUCAAGUGGAACUUUGAGAAGUUCCUGAUUUCGGCUGAUGGAAAGGUUGUGGGUCGCUGGGCUAGUUUGACCAAGCCCGAGUCGUUGGAGGAGCCGAUUCUGAAGGAGAUUGAGAAGGCGAAGAAGGAGGGCACGUUGGCUUCGUUGAAGAAGGAGGAGGCGACGGCUUGA